GAUUUGGGCCUCAAUAUCAGUGGCUAGAUUUGGAAAAGGCAAUAGAAGUUUCAAGAUUGACCCAGAAACCAAUUAUGGUUAUUAUUCAUAAAUCAUGGUGUACAGCAUGCUCAGAUGAGCAGCAUUUCUACCUUAUCAGUAUGUGUGUGCAUCAUACACCUUUACACAACAAAAACUGUAUUCACAAUGUGUACUACUGCCAGAGCAGCUACUAAGUUACUCUGAUGCAUGACAACACUGGUUUGCAGUGUACUAUACACUAAACCAACAACAAAUGAGGUGCGUGGGGGAGAGAAGAGUACCUGUGCUGACAUGAACCCACACCUCUACUGCAGCACUACAACAGCUUUGAAACCUCAGUUUGCAGAGUCCAAAGAAAUAGAAGAAUUGAGCAGCAAUUUUGUGAUGGUAAAUGUUGGUGAUGAUGAUAAAGUGGUAGGCAGUUCAUUUGCCCCAGAUGGAGAAUAUAUUCCACGCAUCAUUUUCAUGAGUCCAGAUGGUGAAGUGAGGCCAGAGUUUUAUAAUGAGGGAGGCAGUGAAGCAUAUAAGUAUUUCUAUUCUGAUAUUUCGAAUAUAAUAACUACAAUGAAGAAAGUCCAGAGGGCAUAUAAAAAGAAACUCAAAUCAAAAGACACGAAAGAACUUUAAGAAGGAUGCAUGAUGCUUCUUUUCUAGUCACUUAUAUAUAUUUAUCACAGAAGCUUGAGAUUUCUAUGAAUUAUUUAGGUACUCAUGCACUGUUUUGUGAAAAUAUUGUAGUUAAUUCUCUUGUCAUUUUGUAUCAUUAAAAUAUAUAUAUUUUGAAAUUU